AUGCUUUCGCUUGAAGAUAUUGACCAGAUAUGUGACAUAGUACGAGAAGAGGCAACCCUUGCAGACGAGCAUGGUGUGGAGUACAUUGAUUUCGAAGGCAUGACUCGUGUGCAAGACCGUUGCCGCGAUUUGUGGGGCUCUGAGCUUGACCGAUGCUUCCGAGCUCAGACAUUUCUCAAACUGCGAGGCUUGGGAGGCUCAGUUCCUGCCGAAAGCCUGACAGAAUACGUCAAGCGCUAUGUAGACAUGCGCAGAUUGCACUUGGAGCUCAGUACCUACGAUCGAAGUGCACGUGGGAUUGUGACCUUGAAGGAUCUGGAGGAUUACUUGGGUUACUGCAAGCUUUUUGAGAGGCAAGGGAUGGACAAGCACCGCAUCCAACAGGCUAGACAGGUGGCUGUCCAAAAGUUUGCAUUCCACCAUGCUGUCCGGAAUGGGCAGACCCGAGUGGUGGAACUGCUGACAAGCACAGUUAUGGAGGAGCUGCAGGAGGUCAGGAGGGCCAUGGAGUCAGUGACUGAUAGGAGGAGAGUGGCGGACUCGGGUAGCUGGUUUUCAAGACAGGUCAUCGAAACGGUCCUGGAUUCGUUUUCUGACUUGUCGGAGCCAACAGGCUGUGAGAGGGUCACAUUGCAGAUGCUGCUGGAAUUUGAGGGGACGAAGUUUUCCGAAUUGUUUGUCAAGCGCCUCUUCGAGGAGCAUGUGUGUGGCUCAGGGGCGGGCGACGCAGGAGGUGCAGGGGGAGAAAUGGGAUUGAUGGAUUUCACCAGAUUCGUGGUCGCAUGGCGGGACCGGUCCAGCAAGGCGGCUGUGCGAUAUUUCUUCCCAAUCUUCGAUGUCCACAAGCGUGGCUACUUGGAUUACGUCGAUGUCCGGAUGUUCUUCAAGGAGAUACACGCCUUGUGGAAGGAGUGCGGACAGGACAGCCAAGAUGAGCCAGACAUGUGUGAAAAUGUUGUCAAUGAGGUGUUCGCUAUGGUGAACCCCAGCAUACCUGGUAGGAUGUACAAGGAGGAUCUGAGCAGGUGUGGGAAGGCAAUAACAGUGAUUGGCAUCCUUUCAGACAUGUGGGAGUUCUACAGGCAUGAACACGGAGAGGCGGAGACUGGGUUGGAGGGGGAGGGUUUUUUGGAAUUGGAGGAGGAGAGGCUGUGA